AUGAGCGACACUGCCGAGCUUGAAUCCGACCCGGGGUAUUCCCCGUCCAUACCCUCACAACGCUCAGUGACUCCAGAAGAAAGAGUUGAUGUGCCCGCGCAAGUCCGUGACGAAAAGACGAACGAGAAGCCUGACGAGAAACCUGAUGAUGUCGAACGUCAGCUUGGUGAGGCGCUCAUGCAGCGAUCACCGCCUAUGCGGGGGUCACUUCUAUUCCUUCGCGCCUACAAACACCUUCUUUCGGAAUCUCAAAAGGAGAUUGAUUAUACCUGGUCAAGGCAUGAGGACGUUUUUCAGGUGAGCCAGUAUGGCUCGGUGGUGUGGACUUCUACAGAGAAAGAGGCGUUCUUCAACACGCUCGACCGCAAGGGAAAAGGCGGCAUAAAAGAGCUUGCUGCUGCAAUUGGCACAAAAUCCGAGCUUGAAGUCAUGGACUAUAUGAAACGCCUGCACCAGGCCUUGGAAGCUCAGUAUUGCUCAGAUGCACAAGUAGAGGACAUGCCUCUGCUUGCUGAUAUCCCGGCGGCCAAAGAAAUCAGCCAGCAAGGCUGUGAGAUGCUCGAUGACUAUGCCGAUGUUUUGAUCUUGAAAGAGUCUCUUGCCGAUGCCCAAACAGGAGGAAAGCAAUAUGGAGACUACUGGAAUCUCAGUAGCAACACUGCUUCGGAUCUGAUGGACGUCAUUGACGGCGAGGAUGACGGUACGGUCCGAGGCGACCUCCACCUUGCAGCUACUUUGCUCUAUGUUCCGGAUUGGAUCCAACUAUCACGAAGGUUGUUCAUGAACUUCGGUGGCGCCAAAUCAGAAAAUCACUGGAAGAACAUCGCCCAUUCCAAACAAAACAUCACAGCGCAAAGACAGACGCCCUCAAUGACUGCGGAUAGUGUUGUGGACUUUUACACUCUUUCUGUGAGUAUCACGCGACGUCUGGUCCAAUCAUCUAUAUUCUUCGCCAUGUCGAGAUUACGCGGCGCAAAUCGCAGUGGCCAGAACAGGAAAAACCACAUUCGAUUGUCAGACGUGCGGGCCGCAAUCGAAGUGCUCAACAUGAAGCACCGCCGGCCCAACUUUGUAGACACGGCUCGUCGAAACGAGGUCGAGAUAGCAGAUGUCCAUCAUCGCAAAGAUUGGGUGCCCACUCCAUUCACCUACGAAGAAGUCGAAGAGAUCAUCGAUAAAUCCGAAUGGUCCAAGUACCGCAGCGACGCAGCCAUGUCCGGCGGCGUCAAUAUGGACGACGAAGAAAACGACAACGCCGAGUCUGAAAGCGAAGACUCCGACGAUGAAGGCCCCGAAGAAGCAACAAACGACCAAGCCGAACCACCGCUGGACCAUGACCAUGAUCCCGAGAUCGUCGAUCUGGAUCCCCCGUCCUCCAGAGAGGAUUCGCCAGCCUCGUCACAACCGGAUUCAUCGGACGAGCUUGAAAUGGACCCAGAAGAGAUGCACGCAGAUCUCGCAGAUGAAGCAAUCAGUCAGCGCGAAGAAGCAAUGUUCAUGCGACUUAUGGACAAAUCUGUGCCAACCCACCAACCUAUGAAGAAAGAAGAUGCCGAUGACCAGGUCAAUGCACCACCAGAGCGCAGAGCCAGAGACGAGGUCUUUGACUGGCGAAGUCGGGUUCUAUAUCGAAGCGAAUGGGAGGAGUAUGGGUACAACUUUGCCGAUCUAAAGGGGGAAUUCGAGAUGCCCCCUCUGAAACGAGCUAGACUCAGUGAACCAGAACAACAAAUACCGACCACGCCGCCUCCUGUCCCUAUGGAUGAGGAAUAA